AUGACCUCGAUGCUAAAUGGAUUUUUAUCGAUAUAUUAUGUUUCAAUUAAAAUACAAAAAAUUCAAGGAAAAAAUAGUGUCAUUUUCGUUAUUAGUUUUCAGAGUAUAGCAAAAUCAUAUUUAUCUAGCAGAUCGAAACAAUUUGCUAUAUUUAGAUCAAUAAAAUUCUUAUUUUUUUCCAUUUAUCACAAUUGAAAAUCAAAUUACAGAUUAUUGGAUUCCUUCAGAUUUCCAGAGUUGGAUUUACUAUCUUCAGCAAGUUUUUCAGCAAACUUACCAUGGCCAGAUUCCCAAUUCUGCCACUCAAAAACUGAUGCUACCGCGAAGUGGCAAGGAGGAGUUGACGGCCAGGCAACCCUCCUUUAGGGCGAUCGGAAUUAGCGGAUGAAUCCUCUAGUGGGAUCCUCGGUAACCAGUUAACAAAGUGGGCUCUAACCACCUAAUUAAGUAAGUAAGCAAGUUUUAAUAUUACCCAUCACAAAAUUCAUAUUUUAAAUCCAUUAUUUAUAAAAUAA